CCGAGAGUUGCAUUGGCCGCUGGAUCUCGUCUCACUGCUGCUGUUAUGCAUGGAGGGUGCGGCGGCGGCAGUGGCAAUUGUCAACUCUACCGCGCAAAGAUUCAGGCCACCGGUGCAGGAAACCCAGCUAUCCCACCAGGACAUGCACCCUCCACAAACAAGGCUGCCAGCAGGCUCGACCUCUUCCAGCAUCUUCGAUGUAUCUUGGAAGCCCAACGCGUCCAGCAGGGUGUGCACUGUGUGUACCGACCCGUUUGGGGUGUUUCGACGGCGCCGGCAUCAUUGCCGCCUCUGUGGUAACCUCGUCUGCAGCGCAUGCUCCACAGCCCGGUCGUUCGUUCGGAAAACGACUAGGGCGAAGCUUGAGCGCACCUGCUCAGCUUGUACGUCGACGCUGCGGCAGCUUGUGAACCUCGGCGACGCUCGCGUCAAGCUGACAGUGGCGGCUAUUCCUCGCUUUCGUCGAAGUAAGUCAACGCCAGCCAAAAACGCCGCAAAUUACGCGUGUACCAUGACUCUCUCGGCCUCGGCUACGAAGGAACGACCACCACAACCGACCCCACCUUCUCUCUACGUGAUUUCGAAGGCGUGGUACAGUCGCCACUGCACACACGAGAAGACGGCAACCGUUGGACCCAUCUCGAACCAUACCUUGAUCUCAUUCUUUGAAGGAAAGCUCAUUCCGAAUGCUGCAGUCAAACCCACAGACUACAUAUGCUUGGACGAGCGUGGCUGGCGGGCUCUGGCCGAGGCGUACGGAGGAGGACCUACCAUCACAACAACCGCACCGUCGGCUCCAUCAUCCGAGUGGGUCAUUUCAUUCCCUCCCAAGCUCCAGCAAUACGACACAGACCCCGUUGGUUCCUUUGCCGAUACCAUGACGUCGAUCGUGCAAGACUCGGCGCAAAUCUCUCCACCCUCUAACUACCCGCAAAUGCCAGCGAAGUCCAUUGACGAAAUCCAUACUCGCGCCAGACUUGCGGCGGCAGUAUUUGCCGAAGCAGCGAGCUCUGCACGACGGGAAGCGGAGACCAUGGCGAUGCGCAAGUCGAUGGCUUCUCUCGCCGACGUCGACGACCUGCCGCUCAGCAUCACGUCACGUUUCUCCAUGUAUUAGUGUGAAUGAAUUAUUUUGUCUUCGUCAAAAUACCUCCAAACCCAAAAAUAAUGUUGUUUUGCCGUAUUUAGUGUUACGUAAUGACUC